AUGGAUGCGGAUGAUUCAAAUAAUGCUCGAAAAAGAAAAAACUCGAUAGAUGACUCCACUUAUGAGGAUGAAGUAGAAAAAAGAAAACAAAAAAGGAAAGAAUAUGAUAAUCGAUACAGAGAGAAACACCCACAUAAGUCAGACUUGGCGAAACAAGCGAACAAAGAUUAUUGUAAACGAUACAGAGAUAAACGAAGAACGUUAAAUUUAUUAUCAACUGACCAAACUCUUGUACAACAAAGUGUACCUCCUCAAAUCGCUGGUACAUCUACCAGAGAUGUGCCUUAUGUACCUCGGACAGCAAUAUAUUCGUCUGGUCCAUUUACCACAGAUGAUAUACAUUCAGAAAUCAUACACAACGAUCAAAUUACAGGUCCACCAAGCCAUUCUGACGACAAUACUCCUAUUCACAAUGUCGGGGAUAUAAUAGUUCCAAGUCAACCUCCCUCUCAGAUUGUAAAUGCUUCCUUACCUAAUGUGCAGGUUCAAACAUACUCUGCUUUUCAACGAAAUUUCUCUGCGCAUCGAGAAUUUCAGAAAGAUUUCGUUGCAAAUGAAUUCGUCUUUGCUUGUGAUGUUUGCGACAGACUGUGGUUCAAAAAGGAUUUGAGUUACUUACAAAAUAUAGAUACGACUAAAAAUAUUGAUUUUAUAAGAUCAUUGCUUUCAAACACUGCUUUACCGGAAAUUAAAUUAUGUUCAACUUGCAACGCAGCAAUUAAAAAGCAACGUAUUCCACCGAUGUCUGUUUACAAUGGAUUCAAAUAUCCACCUGUUCCUGCAUCUCUGAAAGACUUUCCUUUAGACUUGGUAACCGAAAGGUUAAUAUCUCCAAGAAUUCCGUUCAUGCAAAUUCGUAGACUGCGACAUGUACAUGGUCAAUAUGGAAUUUAUGGACAGGUCAUUAAUGUUCCAAUUGAAGUGAAUACAAUGGUUAAUGUGUUGCCAAGGCAAGUAGAUGAUGAUUAUGCCAUCACUGUUCAUAUUAAACGGAAAAAAAUUCACAAAUCUAGUUACGUCUAUGGUAUAGUAAGGAAAAGAAGCAUAAAAGUUUGGUUACGAUAUUUGAAAGACACUCCUCUUUACACUUCCUACGAUGUUGCACUUGAUGAUCGUUUUUUGAAUGACAACAAUGAAUGCGAAGUUGCAGAUGAUAUUGUCUUUGAUGAAGAUGGCGACAAUGACAUUUUAGAACAGAUACCAAUUGGCGAAAGUUUAAUAGCUCAGCAACAAACAUUGAUGUGGGACGAAAAUAUGUACUUGAGCAUUGUUCCUGGAGAAGGAAACGUUCCAAUCAGUCUGCUAUUCGAUGAGCACGCUGAAGAAUUAUCUUUUCCACAAAUAUAUUUGGGACAAUUUAGGCAAUUCCGUGAUGGUGUGGUUGCCACAGCUUUCAUGAUGGCAACCAGUGAACUUAGGAGAUCUGAUAGACGAGGUGUAACCCCUCAACACUUGCUAUACAUGACGAUGAAAAUCAUGAGGUUUCGAAUCAAACAGUCUCUUUCUAUAGCAUUCAGACAUGUUGGCCAAGGUAUUGCAAUCACUAAAGAGCAAAUACAGUCAGACGAUUAUAUGCAUGACUGCAUUGAGACCAAUUUGGCAUUUCUUCGCUCAAUUCCGAAUUCAGCAUAUUAUUGGGCAGAAAGAAAAAGAGAUCUUUUUGCAAUGAUUCGACAAUAUGAACAAGCUGCUGAAUUGCAUUACAUUGAAAAAAGUACUCUCAUUAAUGAAGACGCGGUAACUUGCGCUAUUUAUUUUAACAAGCUAGUCAAUGUUAUUAUGAAAAUAUUACAAUCUAAAAGGUUUAGUCCUUUUAAACAAUACAGAGUUUUGCAUUACUUCAAAAGAAUUGAAUUUCAACACAGAGGUAGUCCACAUGCACAUAUUUUAGCGUGGUUAGAUAAUGCUCCUGAAGAUGCUCUUGACAAGGAUUACAAUAAAGCCAUCGAUCUCAUAAAUUUUUUGAUAUCAGUAUCAGCCACCGAAGCUUCUGGUAAUAUUAAAUUACAAACUCAUAGGCAUUCUUUUACCUGCUAUAAAGGAAUAGCAUCGCGAAGACAACAAAAAUGUAGAUUUGAUGCUCCAUUUUUGCCUGUUAAGGAAACAAUGAUUUUAACACCUAUGAAAGAUACAGAAGAUUGUUUCCAACACUACAAGGCGAAAUACAAUUCAGUCCGUAAAAAUUUCGAAAUCUAUGACUACGAUGAUUUUGCAUCAUUUUACAGUGAAAAUGAUAUUGAUUCAGAUGAGGAAUACGUAAGGAUAAUUCGAGCGGGAAUUAAUAGACCACGAGUUUUUAUAAAAAGAGAACCUUCGGAAAAAUGGCAUAAUCCUUUCAAUCCAUUCAUUUUCGAUGUUGUAAAAGCUAAUACUGAUUUUCAAUUUAUUACUGAAGAAUACUCUUGUGCAGCUUACGUAGUAGAAUACGUAAAUAAGACUAAUAGGGGCGUUAGCAAUUUGCAAAGAAAAAUCAUUGAGGUUAUGGAUGAACAUCCUGAAUUCAAUAUUUUUGAAAUUACUAAACAUCUUAGUAUCCAUCUUUUGAACCAGACUGAGAUGACCAGUCAAGAAGCUGCAUGGUAUCUAUUGAGGGAGCCGAUGUCAAAAAGUUCAACUGCGAUCGAAUUUAUACCGACUAUAUGGCCAAUCGAAAGACACAGAGUAAAGAAGACAAUGAAGCAAUUGAGUGAACUUGAAGACGAUUCGAUAGAUAUAUGGAAAGAAAAUUGGUUCGACAAAUAUGAGAAAAGACCCGAUGCUAUACAAAAUGUUUCUCUUGCUCAGUUUGUUUCUAAAUAUUACAAAAAUAACAAAGGUAAAUAUGUAGAACGAGAAGAACCAAAAGUCAUACGAUAUCGUAAUUAUGACAUGGCUACAGACUACAAUGUAUACAGGAGAGAAAUGGUUACUUUGCACAUGCCGUUCCGACACGAAGAAGCUGAAAUUAUUGCGGAAAUGCGGUAUAUUCAGCUAUAUGAUGAAAAUGAAGCACUUAUACUUGAGAGAAGAAAAGAGUUCGAAUCAAAUCUGGAUAUCCGAAAGACGCUGGAGAUCUGCAGAGAGUUAUGUCGCGAAGAUAUUAACAUUGAUGGAGAGGAAAUAAAUGAGGUUGUUGGUAGAAUACCUGAUGAAAAUCCAUUUGCCGAAUUGUAUGAUAAUCCAAAUGCCGAUUUAAAUGAUGACCUACGACUUGCGCUAUUUGAUAAGCUUGGGGCCAUCGCUAAAAAAAAAGAAAACAUUUUACCAUAUGAAGAAUUUUAUGAACUUAUACGCAAGGCUAACGAAGAACAGCGAGAAAUUUUGUUUCACACUAUGCAUCACUUGAUAUCGAAAACCGGAGACAUGAAAGAUCCAUUGCUCGUGUAUUUGACUGGACCGGCUGGAAGUGGUAAAACAUUCGUAAUAAAAGCGCUUAUGGAAAUUUACAAUAGAUUUUCGGAUACUGAUGGAAUUUUUAAUGCAUAUAUUGCUUGUGCUUCAACCGGAAAAGCUGCUACAGCCAUAGGUGGCACAACGGUGCAUAAUGCUUUAAGUAUAACACUGUCAAGGUUAGUGCCCCUCAACGUUGAAAAAGCUCAACAAUACAGAGCUCUAUUUCAGUAUGUUAAUAUUGUUAUCAUUGACGAAGUAAGCAUGGUUUCUGCAGAAUUAUUACAGCAAAUUGACGCACGUCUGAGGCAAAUAACUGGCUUGCUUCAAAAAGAUUUUGGUGGAUUGGAUGUAAUCCUUAUCGGAGAUUUGCGUCAAUUGCCCCCUGUAAAAGCUACGCCAAUCUUCAAGCAAACUAAAAACAGAAUUUCAGCCGAAACACCUUGGCGAAAAUUCAAACAAUUUGAACUCAAGAAAGUAAUGCGACAAGAAAAUAGACUAUUUUCUUCGAUUUUAACGAAAAUAGGAGAUGGAACUAUUUUAACUGAAGAAGAAUUGAACGUGAUUGAAUCUAGAUUUGUUACUAAAGAAUAUGCGCAAUCUGUAUGUCCGGAAGGAACAAGACUUAUGUUUACAAAUAUUGCUGUCAACGAAUACAACAAUACAAUUUUGAAUAGUUAUCAAAAUAAAAUUAUUUCAUUGGCAUCGGAUGUUUUCGUUGGCUGUCAUAAUGCCGACCAAGAAGCUUAUGUUAGACAAAAGUUACACAAAAUGAAACCGGACGAGACCGGCAGCUUACCAUACGAAUUAAUUCUAGUUCCCAACCGGCCUUAUAUGAUAACUACAAAUAUUGAUGUAGCUGAUGGUUUAUCUAAUGGCACUGUAGGUACAUUAAUUCAUAUUGAAUUAAAUGAAAAUGAUGAAAUUACAAGAAUUUGGUUAAAGUUUCCAAAAUCUGCUGGUCAAAAGCGCAAAACUAAGGCAAGAAAUGACAUUGAACGCUUGGGAAUCGACAGAGAUGCUGUGCCAAUUUCUGCUCAAACAUCAUCAAUACCACUUAACAACAACAAAACUAUAGUGGCGAAAAGAAAACAUUUUCCACUAGUUUCGGCUUUGGCUAUGACGAUUCACAAGUCUCAGGGAGGUACUUUUGAUGCUAUUGUUUAUGAAUACAGUCGUUCUCACUCAAGAGAAUUGGUUUACGUAGCCUUAUCAAGAGUAACUAAUAUAGAAGGUUUGUUCUUACUAACUAAAGAAGAUACAGGAGCGAGCUGGAAAUUUCAUCAUGGCAGAGUAGGAAACGCACCGACUGAUGAUUCAAACACAAGCAAAAACCAAAAGAGAUCUACAACUCAUCGAGAUGAUUUAUCCAUCGAACUGAAACGAUUACAUGACAAUAACUUACAAACUGUUACUAAAACAUUUAUUGAUUUCAUUUCUACAAAAAAACGGUUAUCUAUUUUUUCAUUCAAUUGUCAAAGCUUACGACGACAUGUACAUGACCUAUCAGUUGAUGCUCUUGUUGAGAAAAUGAGUGUGUUAAUAUUAUCAGAAACUCAUGUGAGUAACGAAGAAACCAUUGACAUUCCAAAUUUCAACUUUAUAGCAAGUUUCAAAAGAGACAAUCGUCCAGCAGGUGGGGUGGCUAUUUAUCAUCGGUCCAAUGAUACUAUGGCCACAUUUUCUACAGAUCAUAUGGAAGUGCAUGCGAGAUAUACCAGUAUGUUUAGCACUAAUGUUUUGAAUAUUGGUGAUAUAUGUAUUUCCCAAUGCCAUUCUAAUGGACAAACAAUAAUAAUGGCUGCCGUUUAUAUUUCACCAAAACAGUCUUUACAAGCAAUACGAGAGUUCUUGUAUUCAAAUUUAUUCAUUUAUUUUAAAGCUGCUUCCGCAAUAUUUAUGAUGAAAAUUAAUAGAAGAUUUGAUCAUUAUACUAUGAUUUUGAGUGGAGAUUUCAACAUAAACUUUGCAGAUGUCAAAAAUCAAUCAUUAAUUGAAUUUUUAUAUCAAGAAUUUGAUUUAACGAUGUCCAAUGAUCGCAAUCUUAGCACAACAAAAUACAAAACUACUAUUGAUGCAGUAUUCACAAGAUAUAUAAAUAGAUUUAAAUCAAAAUUGUUUAUUUCAUACUUUAGUUACCAUAGACCUAUUGUAUCAGUUUUAGAAUUUGAUGAAAAUCCUGAUAAUAAUGAUGAAAAUGCUGAUAAUGAUGAUGUAAGAGUUGUUGAAAUUAUGGAUGAGAACUGA